UGUGAAGCGCAUAAGGAUUUUUGUCCAUUGGAGCUUACCUUACUUGACCCAUAACAACCUUUUAGCUUGUCCUCUCACUCGGUUGUCUAAAUUAUUCAUUCUUUACAAAUGAUGAUUCUUGAUUCUUUGGCAAGUCGGUACGUAACUGUUACUUGUCAACUAAAAAGGAAAUGACACCGCACACAGAAACUUUGGAGUUGCUAGCUAAUGCUAACGGCUAACUUAAGCUAAAAACAAAGUGUAGAUAUGAUUUUUUCCGUGUGCGUUUUCUAGUUAUCAGAGUGCACUGCAUUCGGCUGCAAAGAUAAGACAUGAGACUCAGAUUGCAUUACCAUGAAUCUGGCUCAAUCGCUGCAGUUUCUGUAGCGUUUGCUUAUGUUAACUUGUUAAUAGUUGCUGCCUCCUGCAGUGAUGUUUGGAGAUAUGAAAAUCAAAUUAAGAACCACACAUUGAGGGAGAUUAGUACAGGUUCCAAAAAUGAGAAAAUGUCUAAUAUUUUUUCUAAAAACGACAAGUGUGCCAUGGCGCUCGAGCGUCGCUUUGACUGUGCCAGAGAUAAAGUCGUCAGUCAGUCAGAGUGCGAAGACAGGGGGUGCUGCUACGCCCCCCUGUCAGAUUUAGCUGGACCACCAUGGUGCUAUUUUCCGCAUUUGUAUCCUGGCUACGUCAUGGGUCCCCUCACUCCCAGUCAAAGAGGACGGGCAGCCACUUUGACCCUUGCCAAAGCGUCAUACCUUCCCAAAGAGAUACCCACUCUCAAUAUGGAGGUGAUGGAAGAGACUGCAGAAUGCUUACACCUCACUCUAAAAGACCCUACAUCUCCAAGGUAUGAGGUUCAUCUGCCAGGGCAGCAGUCUGCUCCUCAGAGGAAAGCAAGGCCACAGAAUGCCCUAUACUCCAUUCUGUUUCAACAUAACCCUUUUGGUUUUACGGUACUUCGUAAUUCAAAUAAUAGAGUAAUCAUGAACACAACUGUGGCUCCUCUUUUAUUCGCGGAUCAGUACCUUCAGCUGUCAACAACACUGGCUUCCCCCUUUGUGUCUGGCCUUGGAGAACAUUACACUUCCUUAAGUCUAGACCUGAACUGGACAUCUGUAACACUGUGGAACCAAGACACUAAACCCCGUGUUGAUGCAAACCUCUAUGGUUCUCAUCCCUUUUACAUAGUCCAAGAAGAGGAUGGGUUUGCACAUGGAGUUUUCCUGCUAAACAGCAAUGCAGUUGAGGUGGUACUGCAGCCCACCCCUGCUCUUACUUUGGUCGCUCUUGGUGGAAUUCUGGACUUGUAUGUUUUUUUGGGACCUGAUCCAGAAAGUGUAAUACGCCAGUAUCUUCAAGUUAUUGGUUACCCAAUGAUGCCUCCUUACUGGGCUCUGGGCUUUCACCUUUGUCGCUGGGGAUACACAACUAGUAAUACAACCCGACAAGUGGCACAACACAUGCAUGAUGCCAAUUUUCCCAUGGAUGUGCAAUGGAACGACCUAGACUAUGCACAUGAUCGCAGGAUCUUCACCUUUGACCCUUGGCGGUUUGGUGAUCUUCCAGAGAUGGUGCAGGAUUUUCAUGAACGAGGCUUAAAAUAUGUCCUCAUUCUGGAUCCAGGUAUCAGUACCACUAGCCCUCCUGGAUCAUACCCUCCAUUCGAUGAUGGCUUAAAAAGAGAUGUGUUUAUCAAAAAUGCCACUGGAAAUCUUCUCAUUGGGAAGGUGUGGCCCGGACCGACUGCCUUUCCUGACUUCACUAGUCCAGAGACCAGACAAUGGUGGGAGGACUGCAUUAAAGAGUUUAUUUCAAAGGUGCCUGUGGAUGGCCUGUGGAUUGACAUGAAUGAACCCUCCAGUUUUGUGCGUGGCUCAGUAGAUGGCUGUCCUGACACUGAUCUGGAGAGUCCACCCUACACUCCACCGGUUGUUGGCGGCCAGUUAAAUUCAAAAACACUUUGCAUGUCGGCUCAACACCUCCUGUCUACUCACUACAACCUGCAUAAUAUUUAUGGGCUUACAGAAGCAUUUGCCACUUACAAGGCGCUCAUAAAUAUUCAAAGAAAACGACCCUUUGUCUUGUCUCGCUCUUCCUACCCUGGGAUUGGACGUUUUUCUGGAGUGUGGACUGGUGAUGUCACAAGUAACUGGGAUCAGCUUAGAUAUUCAAUCCCUACUGUCCUGAUGUUUGGUCUGUACGGGGUGCCACUUGUGGGAGCAGACGUGUGUGGGUUUGAAGGGAACACUACUGAAGAGUUAUGUGUGCGGUGGAUGCAGCUUGGAGCCUUUUAUCCAUUCAUGAGGAACCACAAUGAUAGGCAAAAUAGACCCCAGGAGCCUUAUGUAUUUGGAAAGAAAUCCCAAGCAGCCAUGCGCAGUGCUCUAAACCUGCGCUACUCUCUCCUUCCAUUCCUUUACACACUGUUUCAUCACGCACACACUUCUGCUGAGACUGUGGCCAGACCCCUUUUUGUUGAAUUUCCUCAUGACCCUAAUUGUCGGACCAUUGACCGACAGUUCUUGUGGGGCAGUGCUCUUCUCAUCAGCCCAGUCCUUGAACAAGGAGUGGUAGAGUUUUCAGCCUACUUCCCCUUUGGCACCUGGUACAGCCUCCUCGAUGGGCAACCUUUCUACAGCAAGGGGCAAUAUUUGCUCCUUUCAGCUCCAUUGGACACCAUCAAUGUUCAUGUCAGAGAGGGACACAUAAUACCUCAGCAGGAAACUGCUUUGACAACCUUGGCAUCCCGCACCAAUCCUUUCUUUCUGACAGUUGCAUUGUCAGCAGGAGGAUGGGCAUGGGGUGACCUGUUUUGGGAUGAUGGAGAAAGUCUUGACACAUUUGAGAAAAGUAGUUAUAGCUAUGUCAUCUUCAUUGCGGGGCAGGCACAGAUUAUAAGUGACCCCGUGAGACUAAACGGGGACCUAGAUGGAUUGGUGCUGGGAGGUGUCCGUGUUUUUGGUGUAUCCUCCCCACCUCACUAUGUUCUAGCCAAUGGGGAGAAAGUCAGUGAUUUUACCUACCACAGUGACACAAAAGCUUUAAUUGUGAACAAGUUGGCCUUGCCCAUGUCAAAGGUUUUCACAGUUCAGUGGGCUCUUUGACACAUACUAAAGAUUUUUUUUAACCCAAAAGCUGAGUAAAACUCCAUUUAUAACGUUUAUUUAAAUAUUGUUAAAUAAAACAUGCACACACACA